AUGACUUUCUCAAGUGGAAGGAAGGGUAAUGUAUGUUUUCCAAAACACAUUAUAAGGAAGGCGUGUAAAUGCUGUUACUGUGGAAAGUACUUCAGAUACAGACCACAGCUUCACGUGCACCAGAAAAUACACAUAGUACAGAAGCUUUUGGAAUGCUCAGAGUAUGGGAAGAGAUUUAGUCGGAGUGACAGUUUUAAAAAGCAUCAAAGAACCCACACAGGGGAGAAACCUUUUGUAUGCUCAGUGUGUGGAAAGAGAUUCAGUCGGAGUGGCUAUCUUCAAGUGCACCGAAGAACCCACACAGGGGAGAAACCUUUUGAAUGCUCAGAGUGUGGAAAGAGAUUCAGUAUACAUGGAAGUCUUCAAGUGCACCGAAGAACCCACACAGGGGAGAAACCUUUUGAAUGCUCAGAGUGUGGGAAGAGAUUUAGUCAGACUGGCAGACUUCGACAGCAUCAAAGAACCCACACAGGGGAGAAACCUUUUGAAUGCUCAGAGUGUGGAAAGAGAUUCAGUCAGAGUGGCAAUCUUCAACUGCAUCAAAGAACCCACACGGGGGAGAAACCUUUUGCAUGCUCAGAGUGUGGAAAGAGAUUUAGUACGAGUGGCAAUCUUCAAGUGCACCGAAGAACCCACACAGGGGAGAAACCUUUUGAAUGCUCAGAGUGUGGAAAGAGCUUCAAUACAAGUGGCAACCUUCAAAAGCACCAAAGAACCCACACGGAGAAGUCUUUUGAAUGCUCAGAGUGUAGAAGGAGCUUCAAUACAAGUGGCAAUCUUCAAAAGCAUCAAAGAACCCACACAGGGGAGAAACCUUUUGAAUGCUCAGAGUGUGGAAAGAGAUUCAGUCAGAGUGGUAGUCUUCAAGUGCACCAAAGAACCCACACAGAAGAGAGAACUUUUGAAUGCUCAGUGUGUGCAAAGAGAUUUAGUCGAAGUCACAGUCUUCAAAAGCAUCAAAGAACCCACACCGGGGAGAAACCUUUUGAAUGCUCAGAGUGUGGAAAGAGCUUCAAUAUAAGGGGCAAUCUUCAAAAGCACCAAAGAACCCACACAGAAGAGAGAACUUUUGAAUGCUCAGAGUGUGGGAAGAGAUUUAGUCAGACUGGCAGACUUCGACAGCAUCAAAGAACCCACACAGGGGAGAAACCUUUUGAAUGCUCAGAGUGUGGAAAGAGAUUCAGUCAGAGUGGCAAUCUUCAACUGCAUCAAAGAACCCACACGGGGGAGAAACCUUUUGCAUGCUCAGAGUGUGGAAAGAGAUUUAGUACGAGUGGCAAUCUUCAAGUGCACCGAAGAACCCACACAGGGGAGAAACCUUUUGAAUGCUCAGAGUGUGGAAAGAGCUUCAAUACAAGUGGCAAUCUUCAAAAGCAUCAAAGAACCCACACAGGGGAGAAACCUUUUGAAUGCUCAGAGUGUGGAAAGAGAUUUAGUACUAGUGGCAAUCUUCAAGUGCACCGAAGAACCCACACAGCGGAGAAACCUUUUGAAUGCUCAGACUGUGGAAAGAGAUUCAGUCGGAGUGGCCAUCUUCAAGUGCACCGAAGAACC